CUUGGCUCUUUUCAUCUGGCUCCGCCCCUGAGGAUUCUUCCUCUCCACUGGGCUCUCCUGGACCAUACAGACUUUGUUUUUUUUUUCUACUAGUGAAGGGAGGGGUGGGGGUUUCAGCCCCACCUUCAGCAAGAUGCAUCUUCCCCCCACCUCCUGCUCCGUGGUACUUCCUCUCUGGCUGACUUAGCUAACAGCACCCAGACCUGGGGCUAGGCCCCUGGCACUGGGACAGAUCUGGGGAUAGGCCACACCACCCUGCCCUGACCCUGGGAUUGGCACCAGCUUCCAACCAGUACUUGGCAAAGCCUGUCCUUGCAAUGGCCAUGAACACUACCUCUCCUGCAGCAGCAAUCUCACCGAGUGUCUUCAUCCGUCCGCUGGCCAUCAUUUUACUGUCAGUGGCACUGGCUGUGGGGCUUCCUGGCAACGGAUUCGUAGUGUGGAGCAUCCUGGCAAAAAUGCGGAAGCGCUCUGUCACUGCCCUGCUGGUGCUGAACUUAGCCUUGGCGGACUUGGCCGUAUUGCUCACUGCCCCCUUUUUCCUCUCCUUCCUGGCCCGAGGCACCUGGGUCUUUCAACUGAUUGGCUGCCGCCUCUGCUUCUAUAUCUGUGGGGUCAGUAUGUAUGCUAGCAUCCUGCUUAUCACGGCCAUGAGUCUGGACCGCUCGCUGGCAGUGGCCUGCCCCUUCUUGUCCCAGAAGCUGCGCACCAAGGCGAUGGCUGGUCGGGUGCUGGCAGGCAUCUGGGUGGCGUCCGUGCUGCUGGCCACGCCCGUCUUAGUGUACCGCACCGUGGCCUUGGAAAAGAACAACAGGAGCCUGGUCUGCUUAGAGAAGUACCCCACGGAAAGCCACAGGGCCUUCCAUCUGCUUUUUGAGACCAUCACGGGCUUCCUGCUGCCCUUCCUGGCCGUGGUGGCCAGCUACUCCGACCUUGGGCGCAGGCUGCAGGCCCGGCACUUCCGCCGCAGCCGCCGCACCAGCCGCCUGGUGGUGGUCAUCAUCCUGGCCUUCGCAGCCUUUUGGUUGCCCUACCACGUGGUGAACGUGGCCGAGGCGGGCCGCGCGCUGGCCGGCCUGGUCCCCGGGUCCGGGCCUGCGGGGAUGCGGCUGAUCCUGGUCCGCAAGGUGCUCAUCGCGCUCGCCUUCUUGAGCAGCAGCGUGAACCCCGUGCUAUAUGCUUGCGCCGGCGGCAGCCUGCUGCGCUCGGCCGGCGUGGGCUUCGUGGCCAAGCUGCUGGAGGGCACGGGCUCUGAGGUGUCCAGUGCUCGCCGCGGGGGCACCCUGGGCCAGACCAUGAGGGGCGCCCCCACCUUUCCCAAGCCUGGCCCCGCUGAGAACCUCACUGCCUCCUGCAACCCUCUUGACUAAAGGGAACUGAACUAGGCCUGGUGGGUGGUGGUGGAAGGAUGCUCACUUUCCUCCAGGUGGAGUGCCCUCACGCUGGCCCGACCCAAUUCUGUACCCAAAGGAGGAGAAUGAGCGUGAGGGCUGGAGCCGAAGAAGAGAGACGGAGGGGCAAGUGGCGGCUGACUGAGAAAGCCUGCUAGGGCCUGGCUCCCACUGGCAGGGCAGCUUUACAACUAAAACUGAAGUCUGAAAUUGGGUCAACCCUGUGAGUGGGGCUUGUGCGUGAUGGGGGACUGAGAAUGCUCAUGAGUGGCCCUUAUGAGAUCCCUCCCAAAAGUUCAGUGUCACAUCUUUUACUUCCCCAUUAUUUUCAACUCAGGAAGGACCAAAAAAACAAACAAACAGAAAAAAUAAACCACAACCAAAAAACCAACUGUUGAGGUGGAGUCCAUUUCGACUCCUGGCAACCCCAUGUGUUAAACAGAGUAGAACUCCUCCAUAGGCUUUUCUUGGCUGAAAUCUUUAGGCAAGCAGAUCGCCAGACCUUUCUUCUGUGGUGUCACUGGGUGGGUUUCAACCACCAACUUUUAGGUUUGUAGUCACCACUGGCACCUAAAGACAGACAUGGAAAUCAUCCCCUCCCCCCUCAGGUGAUUCUGAGGCAGUUAGUUUGCAGAUCACACUUCGAAAAACGCAGGUCUGCAGACUACUAAGACUCCUACAAGAUGCUGAUCAAGGAAGACAACUCAUGUGGAUUCAUCACUCCAGACUCUCUGACUCAGGAGACCUUCUGAGAAAACUUAGCACUACUAUGACACCAUCUACCCUGAAGCCUGUGACAGCUAUUGUUAGUGUGACUCUCCAACUUACUGCAAUAAUCUUUAUCCUCUUAGCAGGAGAUGGUCUAGGGAAUCCUCAUCCUUCCCUCCAUCUCCCAAGAAGAUCUCAUUGAGAGCCAAGUCAUCAGAUCUUAUCCCCUAGAAUUUGCCCAUCAGCAUUCUGCCGGCCCCCAAAACAUGCCCUGGCACAGGGUGGGGCUGAGGGCUUUCUGUGGCCAUGAUCAUCUCAAGGAAAUAAAGAUCCCCAAAAGUGAGAGGGAUGAGUCAUUAUUUCCUAGGGGUGACUGUUGUCUUAGAGAGCUUCGCCGAGCUCUGUUCUAACAUUUUGGGAAGAUAGCAGCAUCAGUGGCAUCUGUACUUUUGGAAUCUCUCCAAAAGAGCAACUAGGGAAGCAAACCCAAAAAUCCACGUGCAACAUCUACAUCAUGUGCAACAUCUACAUUGGCUAUCUGUUGUAGAUAGCCAAUGAACCCCAAAAUAUGAGAAGAUGGAAAUAAGCCAUUGAUGUUCCAAGACCCACUUGGAACAUCAGCAUCUGUGCAAAAGGAUGCAGGUGGAAGCAGGGGGUAG